AUGCCGACAUGGCAACACAACGAAAAGGAAAAGGCGGCCAUGUCGCACCCUCCUGCGCAUCUGCUUGAGAAGGGGUAUGAACCUCUUGACGCAGACAGAAUGGACCUACGAUGUAUUUUCGCCAACAGACUCAUGCCCGUCGCCUUCGCUCUACCAUGGAUUGCCAGCAUGUUAAUAUCCUGGAUUCCCUUUACCAAGAUUUCUUUAUUUGAGGCGCCCAACUUUCUCAUUCUCGCCGCGCUUAUCAGCACCAUCGAAGUUCUGAGCAUUAUCGCCGUCUUUAUCUACACGUCCCUCCGCUCCGAUACCGAGUCCCCCCUCAAGGAGAAGGUCUACCGAGCGUGGUUCUGGUUUCUAUUUAUUAGCCCUUUCAUUACUGGCACCAUGGUUGUUCUCAUGGCGAGCGACAUUUCUUGCGACCCCGAAGACGAUCUGGACAUGCAUCAGCCUAUCUGCCAGGUGGGAAUUCGUCUUAUCAAGGCCACUGCUUUGUGUCGCGCAGGCAUAAUCGCUACAUUCCUUUUCGCGACAUCAUCAUGGCUAGACCAGCGACCCAAGCGUCACGCUACUUAUCUGUAA